UUUAUGAAUGCGCCAGAAGUGGACUUAGAGAAAGCUUGUCCUACACCCCCAAAUUCGAAGGAUGCAUACUCGCCAGUAAUCGAAGCCAGAGCUAUACCAGCGCUUCUAGCCAUCUUUCAGCGACAUGCUCUUACACAGAUACAGCUGAGCAGCUUGCACUCGCAAAUGUCAAAUUGUGCAGACGACGAGCUGUUUCGCUACGUGGGCACAUCGUCCCUGAAGCGACGUCAAUUUGUUGAACGUCGUACACACCUAUUUCGCCUGACGCCAGAAGAUAAUAUCGCACUACAGAGCCCAGCGAUCUAUCUAUGUGUGCUUCGCCUUGCGUCCUAUCUGCUACGUCGUGGUGGCGCAACUGCCAUUCAAAGCCUCUACGAUUAUUUUAUUGGUCCCGAGAUGGCACCCGAAAUACGCGAGCAGAUUGGAGAAAGUCGUCAAGAGUUUCUCAACCUGGUCGUCAGCCAUCCAUGGAUAUUUGCAUUGUUCCCGAACCGUACUUAUGUGUCAGUGCGCCGCAACUUGCCUCACUAUGAUUAUCCCGGUUUCAUCAAGCAGCAUUUCCCUGAUUUGGAUGUGCUGCGUCCGUCAUCCGCUCGCGGCUAUGGGCCUCGUCCAAUCGCGCGUUCAUUGUCAGCUCAUCAGCCUCUAGUCCAGGCUCUCUCGAACAAUCGCACUGCAGCCGUAGCCGGUUCGCUUGUACAAGCCGCCGGUCGUCCUGUCUCGCUAUGGGAUGGCAGAAGCGCCAUGCCACAGACUAUUGGAGCUAUGCAUAGUCCAGCGGAACAGCAAUGGAGCCCAGUGGACCCAAUGUUCUCACCUGCUUGGCCCACACGCGCUUCUUCCAUCGGAGAUCGUAUCCUGGCCGCGGCUCCACCAGGUGCUGGUGGAGUGAUAGGAUCGGCUCCAGGUGGAACUAUUGGACAGAAUAAGGUGAUGGUGAACGUAGGGGUGCAGACUGAUGCACCGCGCUCCGAUUCUGGAACAUGCACAUGCGGUUGCACAUGCGGCGGACGUGGAGGGAUGUCGCGCGCUAGCGGAGGCUCGGCCAGUCCGCCUAGCCUGGACAGCAUCAGUCCAUCGUUGCAUGACCGUGUUUCGCCACCAGUGAACGGAAAUGGAGCUACUAUCAACAGUGGGGAAACCACUGAUGCUCCUCCUACAAUGCGCGCUUACGACUUGUUCGGUACAACCGAACUCUUUGCAGCUCGUCUCGGUUCGAUGCGCAUUAACUAG